AUGACACUCGAGCCUGGUGUCCCAGAAUUGAAGCAAGAGAUCUCAGAUCUCGAAUCUCGUCUACAGAAUGCAAGAUCUCGGCUAGCAGUGGUCUCUCCGCAUGACUCCGAGUCGCUGUCGCAGUCCUUAUCGUCUCCAAUCCCUCCUCUACCUGCCGCAACUAGUCAUGCCCUCCUCCUCUUAUCAGACUCUGCCCUCCCUCUGGGUUCCUUCGCCUACUCCAACGGAUUAGAAUCAUACGUAGCACAUAACAAGCCACUCCCACGCUCCACAACACCGGUUGCAUCGUUUUACCGCUUUCUACGACUGUCCCUUGCAUCAAUGGGUAGUCUCUCGCUUCCCUACGUCCUAGCAGCCUACCGCGACCCUGCCGAUCUUGAGACAUUAGAUAACGACCUCGACGCUUCCACGCCAUGCCCGGUCGCCCAGCGAGCAAGUAUUGCGCAAGGGCGGGCAUUAUUAGGUGUAUGGGAGCGGGCAUUCCGAACCGCAUAUGCGUCUCGUAGCAGCGACAAUGCAACCCAGAACUCUGGAUUGCAGGAAGGUAUCAAGGCCGUGGAGGCCUUUUCGGAGACCCUCAAAUGCUCGAUGGACGAUGAGCUAGGUCCCAAGGGCCACUUUGCACCGUUAUGGGGUGUUGUAUGCUUAGCUAUGGGGAUGGAUGCGCGUCAAACGGCAUAUGUAUUUAUGCUGAACCAUGCCAAAGCUGUUCUCAGUGCGGCGGUUCGGGCGUCGGUGAUGGGACCAUACCAGGCGCAGAGCGUGCUUGCUAGCAGGAACUUGCAGGACAUGAUUGCCGAACGGAUUGACCGGGAUUGGGACACUGCGGUAGAAGAUGCGGGCCAGGUAGUGCCGCCGCUGGAUCUUUGGGUUGGGCGCCAUGAGCUUCUUUAUAGCAGGAUAUUCAAUUCAUGA